AUGCAUGACUGCGAGAGAUGUUUUAUUGAAUUCUGAUAUUAUAUUCAUAUGUCUAUCAGAUAAUGAAGUUACUCGAAGGAUAAUAGAAUCAGAGUUUCAUGCCUUUAGUGAAACUGAAAAUAUUCUGCAGGAUAAGAUGAUUCUAGUUAUGUCUAGAAUUAAACCAGAAACGUCUGUAAUAUUCAGUGAAAAAAUUACAUCUCAAAAAGGAAAAUACUUGGAGUUAGCAUUUCAAGGUAACAUAAGGGACAUCACAGAAAGGUCUAUCACUUUAUUUACGGCUGGAGACGAGAGUCUAUUCAAUCUAUGUCAACCUUACUUUAAAGCUAUAAGUAAAGCUUCAUAUUUCUUCAAUACAGCUGGGACUGGUCUUAAAAUGAACCUUAUUCUACAGAUGAUGAAAGCAGUUAACUUGGGAGCUCUUGCGGAAGGAAUGUCUUUAACCCAGAAACUUGGAAUUCCAUUCGAAAUAUUUUUAGAAAUUUUUGCUGGAACUGAAAUUAAUAGUAGUUUUUUAAAAAACAAAGCCACGGCAAUUAUAAAAGAAACUUUUGUAUCAGUGGAACAACCUCUACAAAAAAUGCAAGCAGAAUUAAGAGAUGUAUUAGAUAUAUCUUUUCAACUUGACCAAUCAAUUCCUUUAACAAAUAUGGCACAUGAAGUAUUUAAAGACUGUAAACGACUACAGUAUGGAAGCUCUGAUGUAUCAGCUAUAUAUUUAAAGUAUAAAAAUUAUUAAUCAUUCAACAAUUAUUUCCCGAAAAAAAACCAGAAUACUUGGAAAUAAAAUAAGAUAAACCGUUUUAGGAAUAAUUACUAAUAUUUUGUCGAAUUUUUAUUGUUUUGAUUUUAAUGUUAAUGACUGCAUCUGUAGUGAAAAAUGGAUUUUAGUCUAUUAACUGUUUCAUAAUUUUAACAAAGACAGCUGCAUUUAAGAUUCAGUACCAUGAAAAUAUUUUCACAUACGAGUAGUUAUGAUAAAAUGCAAUUAAUUUCAAAUAAUAUGUAUAAUACUCUACAUAACAAACCAAUGUAGAAAAAAAUUUGUUAAUUUCGCCCAACUUUUGAUAAGCUAUUUUAUUUUCCGUUUAGACACUAGAUGGGUUUGCAACCAUUAUCAAUAGUGCCUUUUUGUUAGUUGUACCGAUUUAUUCAUAAUUUGUUUUAUUUGAUGUGUUGCGAACGCUUUUGAAUAAAUAUUGUUUUACAA